GAAGAGGAGGGCYUAAGCAUUCUAAUGUUGRGGCGAGCUAUAUAAUGCCAUAAGCACMUUCUGCGCCGGASAUUAAAGACAUCUAGUUCUGAUAGCUCGCAUCGCGUAGUAACUGAAGAUUUGAGCUCGGAAAUCAUUCAGCUUUUGUGGGCUGUUAUUUUCUUUCAGACUCCGUUGCAGGAGUGCAAGGAACCAUAUUUGGAUUGUAAAYCACCACUGGCCAGAUGAAUGCAUCUAAAAAUGAGUCAAUAACAGCUGAGUUCAACGCGUCUCUUCCAGAAUCAAAUGCUAUAGAGAUGUCAACCCAAAUUGGCAUGAUUGCUGCGUACUCCAUUAUUUUUCUUCUUGCGCUGUCAGGAAAUGGCCUUAUCAUCCAUAUCGUCGUUAGCAAGCCUUACAUGCGUUCUACUAUUAAUUUUCUCAUCGCAAACAUGGCGGCAGCUGACUUGAUGAUGACCUUAUUUGCGAUGCCCUAUACAAUUUAUUUCCUGUAUUUUGGAAGUCAGUGGUUUGGUGGAGUUUUGGGGAAUUUGACAUGCAAGGCAGUCCACUUCACUAUCGGUUUAUCCAUAGCAGCCUCGAUCUCAACACUAAUUGUCAUUUCRCUGGACCGUUUCUUCGCUAUUGUCUACCCAUUUCGCCGUUCAAGCGUCAUCAAGAAGAUCCCCAUCACCAUAACAACCACCUGGGUGACGUCAGCGCUUCUUCUCAGCCCUUAUUUGUACAUAUACAAAGUGCAGCUCAAGGGAGGUUACAUGUGUAUGGUGUCCAUUGGUGAUAACUCYAUGAAGUCUCUUGGAAUCUACCACGCUAUUACAUUUGGUGUUCUGUACAUCAUUCCUCUGACGCUAAUAGCAGCUUUCUACUUCGCCGUCUGUAGAAAACUCUGGCUGCGCAAAAUUCCUGGAAAUCCAUCGGCCAUGAAUUUGAGAAGUGCCAACAAGUCCAAGAAGAGAACCAUUAAGAUGCUGAUCAUCAUCGUGGUCGUGUUUGCACUUUGUUGGCUUCCUGCUCACGUGAUGCAUAUCAUUAUAUUCUUCAACUACGAUGCUUUUAAGAAAUUCCCACAGUAUGCUUCCUUGCUUGCUUUCUUCUUUUCUCACGCUAACUCGGCUAUCAAUCCUUURCUGUACAUCACUCUGAACAAGAACUUCAUGCAUGCCUUCAUAGACAUCACUGAGAAGCUACAACUCUGGAGAACAUCGCACAGUACACGGCGAACCAAGAGCUUGACGACUACCUCGUUAACGAACCUCUCAGUAAUCGUUCACGAGAAUCAGAUCAUAAUGUCAUUUCGAUCAUCGCCCACAGGAAGGAUUGGUCGAUAUAAUAUGAAUGGUGUCGAGGAAUCAGAUGUGAUCGAAAGCCUAAAGAAAGCCACCUUAGUUAGCGCAAGCUGCAUUUCAAAGCUUUAGGGACAUGAAUGUCUGAACAUAACUCUCUCAUAGACUACUCCUGACAAAUUUGAAACAACGUUUCUUUCCUCAAGCACCAGUUCUCCAGGAAGAGCUACUAGAGAGACGCUAGACCUAGUAUCUGCUGUACUGACUAGCUACACGAGGACUGUUUCACGAAAUGUCCUCUUAGCAGAGAUCAGGAGGGGCUCCUGUAGAGAUCUA